CCUCUGUUGUCAUCGCAGGUUGUUCAUUAACGCAUAGACAGGUGGAGCGCACUGAUGCACAGGUGUAGAUUCAUGUGAACCGCCGCUGUCUAAGGAAGCGUACCUUGUGGAAAACUCGGACGAACCUGACUCCUCGGAGGUUGUCUACCUCGGAACCAUUUCUAGAAAAAAAACCGCUAUGAUCAGAGUCUUUUCAGUUUUACAUGGUCUUCAACGUAAAAGGGAGUGAUAAUGAUAUAUUGUAUUAUUAUUAUAUUAUAUUACACACAUUUUAAUUAAGCGCGGACUUAAUUAUUUUCACUGAGGAGCGUGAUUAAGAUCCUACACCAUCAUGCUACACUUGAGAUGCGUGCUGGGUCUCUGGUUCCUGAAUGUGGUGGUGGUGGAGGGGGGCUUUUUGGAGAGUUGCCGCGGCAGACUGUUUAAUCUGAACGUGGUGCUUUUGGAAGACGAUGUGUCGAUGUGGAGCUUGAAAUACGUGAGAGAGGCCGUCUAUUCCGCCAUUAAUAAGGACAAGUUGCGCAACGAAGCCGCAGGUCUAACCUACACGAUACGCCCAAACUUCUGCGGGUUCAACACCACGUUGUACCGGAAGAGAGGCUGCCCGAGCAGUAGCUGUGAGGGAGUGGAGAUACUGAAGUCACUACAUGACAAUAAGACGGUUGGCUGUGCCAUGCUCGGCCCGUCCUGUACCUACGCCACUUUUCAGCUGGUGGAUCAGAACGUCGGGUUCACCCUGAGCAUCCCCAUCAUCUCGGCGGGCAGCUUCGGACUGUCAUGCGACGACAAGCCCAACCUGACGCGGCUGCUGCCGCCGGCUCACAAGGUCUCCAGCUUCUUCCAGCACUUCUGGAACGUCACGGGCAACCACAUCAAGAGACACGAGUGGGAGACGGCCUACGUGUUCAAGAGAGAAGACAACUCAGAGGAGUGCUUCUGGUACAUCAAUGCCAUGGAGGCUGCCACACACCAGUUCGCCAAGCAGAUCAAGAGAGAGAUCCUGCGCAGCUUGACUGAGCUUCAGGACAAACUGGGGAACGACGCCAGCAGGCACAGUAACAUAUUUAUUCUUUGUGGAACACCGAAGGAAAUCGCUGCUGCUAAAAAUGUAGCGUUUGACAUUCACCCCGACAUCGUCUUCAUCCUCAUCGACAUCUUCAAUCCCCAUUAUCACAGCAAUAGCACAGCUCUGCCGUACAUGAAGAACGUCCUGGUGCUUACACAUCCCAACACACGGAACUACAGUGGGGUCGACUGGUCCAACAACAACAGCAUGAUAAACGACUAUGUGGCGGGUUACCAUGACGGCGUGUUGCUGUUUGGUCAUGUGAUACGGCAAGAGUUGAUGCAGAACCGGAGCAGGAACGGCCCAUCUUCAGCUCAACCGUUAUUCACCAAUCCGUUCAGGAAUGUUGCAUUUGAUGGUCUGGGCGGUCGCUACGAGCUGGAUGAGAAGGGCGACAGGGAUGUUCAUUUCUCCCUCAUCUACACCUCCAACACCGACGCAAAGUAUAAAAUCCUGUUUGAAUUUAAUUCGGCCACGAACCAUGUCGAACUGGUGGACAUCAACCCUGAUUUAAUCUGGCCAAAAUCCAGGUUACCGGAUGACAAACCUGCAAAUGGUCUUGAGCCUCAACAGAUUAUCAUGAUUGUCCUGGGUCUCAGCGUUGUCAUAGUAACAGGCAUUGCGUUGAUCUUCUACAGGCAGAACAGGAUGGAACGCAGAAACCAGAAGAAGUGGUCCCAUAUCCAGUCGGAGCUGAUCGCCCAGCUGGACGACAAGGAGCGGAGUUUGAUCUCUCUCAGGAUUGAUGGGGAACAUAAAGACAGCGGCAAUCAAAUCCGUAAGGGUCGCUAUGACAAGAAGCCUGUCAUCCUUAAAGAGCUCGAUCACACGGAUGAUUGA